AUGUGUGCUACCAACCAAGCCUCCGACACAUUCGAGGAAACGCCUCUUCAUGAGAGCGAAGUGCUCUCAGACCCUGAUGAUAUCUUGGACAGAUGUGCAAAAACACCUGCCAUCCUUCACCGCGAAUUCGAACUCUAUAUCAAGAGACAAGACAUCUCAGCUCAGCUCACUGCUGCUGGAUUAAUCGAGAUAAGAAGAGCAUACUACCUCAUCGCCUGGGCACUUGAAUGGAACCAUGAAUCCAAUGAUCUCGAACAACGCAAAGGUCCACCAAGGCUAUUCAUACCGGAUUGGUAUAUUCCAGCGGUUGCUCGCUGGAUCAUUAAUAAUGGCAGGAGAUUCUAUGAGGACGCAGUCAACCAGAACAUGCAGGACUGCUUCAAGCCUCCGCCAGGCUACGAGAUGGUAUACAAGUACGAUUGCAUGUGCAAUGAGCGCUGGGACCUCUGGAAAAAGCGCCUCACCGAAUUCGCCGAUGGGGCAGGAGGGGAUGACAAAGUAACCAAACGAGAAGCCAAGGCCGCUGUUCAGCACAUGGAAUCUGUGGUUGAUGCUUGGGAGUUGUUUCGCAACCAGAUUACCAUGAUUUGA